AGUUAUGUGGGCCAUGAAACCAGGCCAUCUCUUCUGGGCUCUGUUGUUUCUGCAACCUUUGUGGCCCCGACUGACUGAUGGGGCCACUCGAGUCUACUACUUGGGCAUCCUGGAUGUGCAGUGGAACUAUGCUCCCAAGGGAAGGAAUGUCAUCAUGAACCAGCCUCUGGACAAUGAUACAGUAGCUUCCAGCUUCUUAAAAUCUGACAAGAACCGGAUAGGGAGCAGCUACAAGAAGACCAUCUACAAGGAAUACAGAGAUAGCUCUUAUGUGGAUGAAAUAUCCCAGCCUACUUGGCUGGGCUUCUUGGGGCCAGUGUUGCAGGCUGAGGUGGGAGAUGUCAUCCUUAUCCACCUGAAGAAUUUUGCCACUCGUCCUUACACAAUCCACCCCCAUGGUGUUUUCUAUGAGAAGGACUCAGAAGGCUCCCUAUACCCAGAUGGCUCCUCUGGUCAGCUAAAAGCUGAUGACUUUGUUCCCCCGGGAGGCAGCCACAUUUACAACUGGACCAUUCCAGAAGGCCACGCACCCACUGAUGCUGACCCAGCAUGCCUCACCUGGAUCUACCAUUCUCAUGUAGAUGCUCCACGAGACAUUGCUACUGGUCUCAUUGGACCCCUUAUCACUUGUAAAAGAGGAACCCUGGAUGGGAAUUCCCCUCCUCAGCGGAAGGAUGUGGACAGUUAUUUCUUCCUGCUCUUCAGUGUGGUAGAUGAGAACCUUAGCUGGCAUAUUGAUGAGAACAUUGUCACUUACUGCUCAGACCCUGCCUCAGUAGACAAAGAAGAUGAGGCCUUUCAGGAAAGCAAUAGGAUGCAUGCAAUCAAUGGCUUUGUUUUUGGUAACUUACCAGAUCUAAGCAUGUGUGCACAGAAGCGUGUGGCCUGGCACUUGUUUGGCAUGGGCAAUGAAGUAGAUGUCCACACAGCUUUCUUCCAUGGACAAAUACUAACCAUCCGGGGCCACCGCACUGAUGUGGCUCACAUCUUUCCAGCCACCUUUGUGACUGCUGAGAUGGUGCCUCAGGAACCUGGCACCUGGUUGAUUAGCUGUCAAGUGAAUAGUCACUUGCGAGAUGGCAUGCAAGCACUCUACCAGGUCAAGUCUUGCUCCAUGACUCCUCCCAUGAACCAACUCACAGGCAAAGUCCGGCAGUACUUCAUUGAGGCCCGUGAGAUUCUAUGGGACUAUGGCCCGAUGGGACAUGAUGGGAGUACUGGGAAGAAUUUGAAGGAGCCAGGCAGUGGCUCAGAUAAAUUCUUCCAGAAGAGCUCCAGUCGAAUUGGGGGCACUUACUGGAAAGUCCGAUAUGAAGCCUUCCAAGAUGAGACAUUCCAGGAAAAGGUGCAGAUAGAGGAAAAUACACAUCUUGGAAUCCUGGGACCAGUGAUCCGGGCUGAGGUGGGUGACACCAUCCAGGUGAUCUUUUACAACCGUGCUUCCCAGCCAUUCAGCAUACAGCCUCAUGGAGUCUUUUAUGAGAAAGAUUACGAAGGAACAGUGUACAAUAAUGGCUCAUCCAACCUUGGCUUGGUGGCCAAGCCCUUUGAGAAAGUAACAUAUCGCUGGACAGUCCCCUCUCACGCUGGCCCUGCUGCUCAGGAUCCUGCCUGUCUCACGUGGAUGUACUUCUCUGCUGCAGAUCCCAUAAGAGAUACGAAUUCCGGUCUGGUGGGGCCCCUAUUGGUGUGCAAGGCUGGUGCCUUGAAUGCAGAUGGUAAACAGAAAGGGGUGGAUAAGGAAUUUUUUCUCCUUUUUACUGUGUUGGAUGAGAACAAGAGCUGGUACAGCAAUGCCAAUCAAGCAACUGCUAUGUUGGAUUCCCGACUGCUCUCAGAGGAUGUCAAAGGCUUCCAAGACUCCAAUCGGAUGCAUGCCAUUAAUGGGUUUCUGUUCUCUAACCUGCCCAGGCUGGACAUGUGCAAGGGUGACACAGUGGCCUGGCACCUGCUUGGCUUGGGCACAGAGACUGAUGUGCAUGGGGUCGUGUUCCAGGGCAACACUGUGCAGCUUCAGGGCAUGAGGAAGAGUGCAGCCAUGCUCUUUCCUCAUACCUUUGUCAUGGCCAUCAUGCAGCCUGAAAACCCUGGGAUAUUUGAGAUUUACUGCCAGGCAGGCAGCCAUAGAGAAUCAGGGAUGAAGGCAAUCUAUAAUGUCUCCCAGUGUCCUGGCCACCAACCUGACUAUCAUCAUCGAUACCAGGCUGCAAGAAUCUACUACAUCAUGGCAGAAGAGGUGGAGUGGGACUAUUGCCCUGACAGGAGCUGGGAAUUGGAAUGGCACAACCAGUCUGAGAAGGACAGUUAUGGUCACAUUUUCCUGAGCAACCAGGAUGGACUCCUGGGUUCCAGAUACAAGAAAGCUGUAUUCAGAGAAUACACGGAUGGUACAUUCAAGAUCCCUCGGCCAAGGACUGGACCAGAGGAACACUUGGGAAUAUUAGGUCCACUUCUCAGAGGAGAGGUUGGUGAUAUUGUAACUGUGGUGUUCAAGAAUAAUGCCAGCCGCCCCUACUCUGUGCAUGCUCAUGGAGUGGUAGAAUCUAGCACUGGUUGGCCACUGGCUGCUGAUCCUGGUGAGGUUCUCACUUACCAAUGGAACAUCCCAGAAAGAUCUGGCCCAGGGCCUAAUGAUUCUGCUUGUGUUUCCUGGAUCUAUUAUUCUGCAGUGGAUCCCAUCAAGGACAUGUAUAGUGGUCUUGUUGGACCCUUGACCAUCUGCCGAAAGGGCAUCCUGGAGCCUUAUGGAGGACGGAGUGACAUGGACAGAGAAUUUGCCUUGUUAUUCUUGAUCUUUGAUGAGAACCAGUCUUGGUAUCUAGAGGAAAAUGUAGCAACCCAUGGGGCCCAGGAGCCAGGCCGUGUUAACCUACAGAAUGAGACUUUUUUGGAGAGCAAUAAAAUGCAUGCCAUUAAUGGAAAGCUCUACAGCAACCUCAGGGGUCUUACCAUGUACCAAGGAGAACGAGUGGCAUGGUACAUGCUGGCCAUGGGCCAAGAUAUUGACCUACACACUAUCCACUUCCAUGCAGAGAGCUUCCUAUAUCGGAAUGGAGAGAGCUACCGUGCAGAUGUUGUAGAUCUGUUCCCAGGGACCUUUGAGGUUGUGGAGAUGGUAGCCAGCAACCCUGGGACAUGGCUGAUGCACUGCCACGUUUCUGACCAUGUCCAUGCUGGCAUGGAGACCCUUUUUACUGUCUUGUCCCAAAGAGAACACGUAAGCACUAUCACCACCAUCACCAAAGAGAUUGGAAAAGCAUCAAUCCUCAGAAACACUGGAGAAGGCAAUGUGAGAGUGCUGGGCAUGUGGAUCCCUGUAAAGAAUAUUGAGAUACUGGCUUCUCUUUUAAUUGCCAUGAGUAUCAUUCUCCUCCUCAUUGCUCUAGCUCUUGGUGGUGUGAUCUGGUACCAGUAUCGACAGAGAAAGCUACGACGCAACAGGAGGUCCAUCCUGGAUGACAGCUUCAAGCUUCUGUCCCUCAAACAGUAGCAGUUGGGUCCUGCAACUGCACAUCUUGAAUGCAGUCCCAGCAGGUCGUGCUCUAGUAACUAACUCCACUGUCAAAGGGACAUGAGUGGUAGAGAGGCAGAGUAGGGAAAUA